AUGAAGUGGCUUUGGAACAAUACAACACGCGUUGGUUUUGGUCAGCAUUGCGUUGAAGAGCAUUUCAAGGAUUUUGUUAAACCAAAUUCCAGAGUUUUAGUUACAUUCGGUGGUGGCUCCAUCGACAAGAAUGGAGCUCGUGCAGAUGUUACAAAGGCUUUAGCUGAACUCCAUUGCGAAACAAUUUGGGAAGGCGGCAUUCCACCAAAUCCAGAAUACGAUCGUCUUAUCGAAAUUGUCAAAGUUGCCAAGGCAUUCAAGCCAGAUUUACUUCUUGCUGUCGGUGGUGGCUCUAUCCUCGAUGGCACAAAGUUCAUUUCCCUUGCAAUGAACCUUGAUGAAUCAAUUGAUCCAUGGGACAUUCCAACAAAGGGUGUUCGCCCUGAGAAAACAACACCAGUUGGUGCGAUCAUAACAAUUCCAGCUACAGGAUCUGAAUGGAACAAUGGAUCCGUUGUUUCAAGAAGAAGUACACAUGAAAAACUCGGAAUGUUGAUUUUAUAUCCAUCAUUCUCUCUUCUUGAUCCACUUUACACAAUGACACUUCCAAUCAGACAACUUAGAAACGGUCUUUUCGAUGCUAUGACACAUUGCAUGGAUCAAGUUCUUACUCCACACGUUCUCCCAAUGCAAGAUAACUUCUUCUUUUCAGUCAUGAGAGAACUCGUUGAUAUUUCUGGCCCAAUCCUCUCUAAGGAUAACUCAACACUUGAAAUGCAUGAAAGACUCAUUGUUGCUUGCAGCUUUGCUCUCAACUACGUUUUAGCUCUCGGAAAGGAAGUUUGCUGGGGUAUCCAUGGUAUUGGUCACAUGCUCACAGCUAAGUGGGGAAUUGAUCAUGCUUCAACAUUAGCUAUUAUUUCUCCAUUCCUUCUCGAAGAGUUCAUCAAUGAGCGUGAAUAUAAUCUUGCUCGUGCUGCUGAACGUGUUUUCGAUGUUCAUGAAGGUUCUGAUGCUGAAAAGGCAAAGGCAUUCAUUGCUAAACUCCGUGAAUGGACAGUAAAGAUUGGUCAAUUUACAAAGGUUACUGAUCAAGAAGGUGCAGUUGUUGCUCCAGAAGAUGUUGAUGCUGUCACUGAAAUGGUCAUGAAGUCAGAAGGAGGAAAUCCUUUUGGAUAUCGUAAGACUAUCACGCGUGAACAUGUUCAUCACAUCCUUGAAAGAGCUUUGAAACAGUAA